UGGGACUUUGGAAACGGCGUCGUUAUUGGUGUUCCUUCGGUGAUGGCCGAUGACAAGUCCUCGACGGUAAUGGGCAACAGAGACAGAGAUCGAGAGCUUCUCAUCCCCGUCGCUGAAUCCGGCGACGACGACGGCGCCGCAUCCAAGCCUUCGUCUUCCACCUCAUCCGUGCAUCAUGCUGGCCGCGAGACUUUUUACAAAGUUAUUAGGAGCUGGGCAUCGAAAAAGUUCAUGACUGGAUGUGUCAUUCUUUUUCCAAUCGCAAUCACCUUCUACAUAACAUGGUGGUUUAUUCAUUUUGUUGAUGGGUUUUUUUCUCCAAUCUAUGCUCAACUUGGCAUCAAUAUCUUUGGUCUUGGAUUCGUAACUUCCAUAACUUUCAUCUUCUUGGUUGGGGUUUUCAUGUCAUCGUGGUUGGGUGCAUCUGUCCUGGGACUUGGGGAGUGGUUUAUCAAGCGAAUGCCUCUUGUUCGCCAUAUCUAUAAUGCCUCCAAGCAGAUUAGUGCUGCUAUCUCACCAGAUCAAAAUACACAGGCCUUCAAAGAAGUAGCCGUCAUUCGGCAUCCACGCAUUGGUGAAUAUGCAUUUGGAUUCAUAACCUCAUCUGUUGUCCUUCAGAGUUAUUCUGGAGAUGAGGAGCUAUGCUGUGUCUAUGUUCCCACAAACCAUCUUUAUAUUGGUGAUAUAUUUCUUGUCAACACCAAGGAUGUUAUUAGGCCAAACUUAUCAGUCCGGGAAGGAAUUGAAAUUGUCGUUUCUGGAGGCAUGUCAAUGCCACAGAUCCUAUCAACGCUUGAUUCACAUGUUCGAAUGGAAAUAAGUAGACCUGAUAGAAGAUGAGAGUGAAAGGUAUUGUGGCUGUUCUUUUAGUAGCUUACUUUAUUUCAUAUGGAGUCAUCAGAAUGGCAUUGAAUUUACAUUGUUGAUCUAUAAGAAAAUAUUAGAUUCUGAUGGAUUCAUUUCUGUGUAAUAGAAUGUAUAAUUUAGCGCUUGUUUAAAAAUAUAGUUUGGGUGAUGAUACAUGCGUACAAAAUUCUACUGUGGUAGGAGUCUCAAAUCUUCACCUGUGCAUAUUAUGGUGGUAUCCACUUGUUAUAGCAAUUCAAUUUUGUACUGCCGAUUACUG